CGUCCAGCAGCUGAUCGGUAAUCCAGAAGAAGUUUCCCCUCAGUUAGGGGGGAGCUCCACUUUGAAGCAGGAGACUCCACAACCACCCUGCAUUAAAAAGGAAGAGAAGGAACUCUGCAUCACUCAGGAGGGAGAGUGUCUUCUAGGACGAGAGGAAGCUGAUCACACCAAGUUUCCAUUGAGUAUUUUCUCUGUGAAGACUGAAGAUGAUGAAGAGAAACCACAACCAGACAACCUCUUAGCUCCACUAUCAGAUAGUGAGGCUGAAGACGAGGUUGAAGAACCUUUGAGCAGCGAUAAAGACUGUGAAGGUGAUAUGAGGACUCACACUGACAACAAACACUCUGAAUGCUCUACAAAGAAGAGAGGUAAAACAUGUUUGAGCUGCUCAGUUUGUGCUAAAAGUUUUACUAAAAAGAGCAGUUUGAGUCGACACAUGAGAACACACACAGGCGAAAAACCAUUUAAUUGUUCAUUUUGUGACAAAAGCUUUUCUCAAAAUAACCAUUUGACUAAACACAUGAGAACACACACAGGAGAAAAAACAUUUAAUUGUUCAGUUUGUGGCAAAAGCUUUUCUCAAAAUAGCCAUUUGACUCAACACAUGAGAACACACACAGGAGAAAAAACAUUUAAUUGUUCAGUUUGUGGCAAAAGCUUUUGUCAAAAUAGCAAUUUGACUCGACACAUGAGAACACACACAGGUGAAAAAACAUUUAAUUGUUCAGUUUGUGGCAAAAGUUUUUCUCAAAAUAGCAAUUUGACUCAACACAUGAGAACACUCACUGGUGAAAAACCAUUUAAUUGUUCAGUUUGUGGCAAAAGCUUUUCUGUUAAGUGCAGUUUGAUUAACCACAUGAGAACACACACGGGUGAAAAACCUUUUAAUUGUUCAGUUUGUGGAAAAAGCUUUUCUCAAAAUUGCUGUUUGACUCGACACAUGAGAACACACACAGGUGAAAAAACAUUUAAAUGUUCAGUUUGUAGAAAAAGCUUUUCUAAAAAUUGCCUUUUGACUAAACACUUGAGAACACACACGGGUGAAAAACCAUUUAAUUGUUCAGUUUGUGGCGAAAGCUUUUCUCAAAAUAGCCAUGUGACUAAACACAUGAGAACACACACAGGUGAAAAACCAUUUAAUUGUUCAGUUUGUGGCAAAAGCUUUUCUCAAAAUGUCAAUUUGACUAAACACAUGAGAACACACACAGGUGAAAAACCAUUUAAUUGUUCAGUUUGUGGCAAAAGUUUUUCUCAAAAUAGCCAUGUGACUCAACACAUGAGAACACACACGGGUGAAAAACCUUUUAAUUGUUCAGUUUGUGGCAAAAGCUUUUCUCAAAAUAGCUAUUUGACUCAACACAUGAGAACACACACAGGUGAAAAAACAUUUAAAUGUUCAGUUUGUAGAAAAAGCUUUUCUAAAAAUUGCCUUUUGACUAAACACAUGAGAACACACACGGGUGAAAAACCAUUUAAUUGUUCAGUUUGUGGCGAAAGCUUUUCUCAAAAUAGCCAUGUGACUAAACACAUGAGAACACACACAGGUGAAAAACCAUUUAAUUGUUCAGUUUGUGGCAAAAGCUUUUCUCAAAAUGUCAAUUUGACUAAACACAUGAGAACACACACAGGUGAAAAACCAUUUAAUUGUUCAGUUUGUGGCAAAAGUUUUUCUCAAAAUAGCCAUGUGACUCAACACAUGAAAACACACACAAGUGAAAAACCAUUUAAUUGUUCAGUUUGUGGCAAAAGCUUUUCUCAAAAUAGCAAUUUGACUCAACACAUUAGAACACACACAGGUGGAAAACCAUUUAAUUAUUCAGUUUGUGGCGACAAUUUUUCUCAAAAUUGCUGUUUGACGCGACACAUGAGAACACAUACAGGUGAAAAACAAUUUAAUUGUUCAGUUUGUGGCAAAAGCUUUUCUCAAAAUUGUGUUUGA